GCAUCGUUCACGAGAACCCGCGCAUCGGUUCGGACGGAGAGAGCGAGGAAGCGUCCGGAGCGUCGGACGAGGUCAUCUCACCGGUCAAGCUUCGUCAGAAACCGCGGCGGCUGAAUGAGCAGGACAUCAACAAGAGGCUAUCCCUGCCGGCGGAUCUCAACCUACCGGAGAGCUUUCUCGCGAAGCAGUGUCUAACGCCUACGCUGGACGGGCCGCUGAGUCGCCGCGUCCGGCGCGCCUCGCUGCACGAGAUCGGAUUCGGCAAGCUAGACACGUACACCAAGUUAGACAAAUUAGGAGAGGGCACCUACGCGACCGUUUUCAAGGGCAAGAGUCGUCUGACGGACGUCGUCGUCGCUCUGAAGGAGAUCCGGCUCGAACAUGAAGAGGGCGCCCCCUGUACGGCCAUCCGCGAAGUUUCGCUUCUACGUGAUUUGAAGCACGCCAACAUUGUCACUCUACACGACAUCGUCCAUACGGAGAAGUCACUUACCUUA